AUGCUCCAACGCCUCACACAGCCCUUCUUGCUGGUAGUUUUGGUGUUGGCCGCAUGUGCAGCCCAAGCAGCAGCACAGACGCCAGCAGUGACCUGUCAGGCAGUGGUGACAGUCAGCAACGCUUGGGUGUCAGAUGGAACAAACAACAGCUAUUCCAGUGUCAACCUCAACAUUGUCAAUAGCUCCCCUCAGAUUUUGACUGUUCCCUGGUCGCUCACCCUCAAGAGCCCAACUUACGGCAACAUCAGACAGACAUUCAAUCUGGAGGUGGUGAGCAAUGCCAAUGGCACCAUUGUGUCAGAUGCGCUGAAUUAUUGGCAGACUCUGGCGCCCAACGGCGGAGGCAUCGCCGUGGGCCUCAUUGUGGAGGUGUCUGAUGGGCUGGGCAUGCCGGAUGUGGUGGCAGUCAACAACCAGCCAUGCACGGUCCAGUCAGCGCAGCUGCCGCCGCCGCCGCCGCCGACAAAGUCAAAGGCUGAGUCAGCGUUCUCGAUGACUACGGUCAACGGGCAGAUCAUCGGCGUGGACGGGCAGCCUCUGCAGCUGUGGGGCAUCAACUGGUUUGGCUUUGAGACUGGCACCACAUUCCUGGACGGCCUCUGGGCUGGCUCUGACAGCCUGACGCUGGAUUUUGCCACGAUUGUGUACCGGCUGCAGCUGCUGGGCUUCAACUCCGUGCGCCUGCCCUUCAGCUUCUCAGACAUCUACGACAAGCCCCCUCAGAGCCAGGCCAGGAACUGCGCACAGGUGUCUAGCGAUGUUGUGGUGGCAGACACAACGCCACCUGGCACCACACCCAGCCGAUCACCGCCCCAGUGGUCCACCCCUCCCGCCAGUGUGCCGGGGGUGUGCAACGCGUAUCUGCCAGAGGACAGCACGCUGAACCGGUUCAUGUGGACGGUCGACUACUUUGCCAGCCAGGGCUUCUACAUCAUCCUGGACAACCAGUUCAACCUCGACCAGACCGCCACCCAGGACACCCAGAAGUGGCUGAACCGGUGGUUGGACCUGAUGACUCAGCUGAGCACGAAAUAUCCCGAGGCGACCUCUCGCGUCAUCUGCGAUUUCCUCAACGAGCCGGACUUUGGCAACCUGCGAUGGGAGGCUCAGCCGGACGCUGGCCUGCCCGGGAUGGAGGACUUGUACCUGAGCGUCAUGGACCUCGUCUACCCCGUCGCCUCAAAUGUGCUGUUCUUGGUGGAGGGAGCUGGCCAGGGGAAUCUGGGCAAGAACUGGGGAGACGGUACAGCUGUAGACCCGAAUGUGAUAUCCUCCAGGGGCCUGUCAGACCCCAACCCCUUCUUCAGCUCUUUGCUGCAGAAGCCCUACCUCUCCCAGAUCAUCAUUGGGCCCCAUGUUUACCCGCCAUCCAUCUCCAUGGCUCACGAAGAGACUGAGGGGACAUCGCUGUGGGCGCGUUACUCUGCAUCGUUCGGAUACCUGAACAAGCAGGGCUACUGCACGGGCUCCAAUGUGCUGGGCAGCCCCUCUGGGGACUGUCACCUCUUUCCUGAUUACCAGGAUGCGCAGCCAAUGCAGGACCUGAUCCCCUACUUCUUGAAUAACGGCGCGGCCGCGGACGGGCUGCACAACAGACUGUCUGGGGUCUUCUGGUGGGCCUGGAACUCUAACUCAGGCACGCCCCCAGCUAGCCUGGGUCUGGUAGAGAACUGGUCGCAGGUGGACUGGAACAAGAUGCAGUAUCUGAUCGCCCUGGGAUACACCCCCUGGUGGCUGCAGCCCACCCCGACUGCCUCCGUCAUCGGAGCACCAAGCUCUCCGCCGCCUUCAGACCAGUAUUCGCCGUCGCCUCAGUCGAGCGAUGCAUCUCCCUCUCCAACGCAGCAAUCCCCCGCCGCGUCCCCCUCUCCAUCGGAACAAUCCCCCGCAGCGGCCUCCUCCCCUGCUCAGCCACCCCCGGACAGCCCAUCCCCAUCCCCGUCGCCACAGGCUGCACUUCCCCUGCCACCGCCGGACUCGCCCCCGCCACCGCCGGAUUCCCCUCCGCCACCGCCGCCCACCGAUUAUCCACCCCCGCCGAUGGAGUCCCCUCCUCCGCCAACGGCGUUCCCUCCUCCACCACCACCACCGCCCACCCCAGUCCUGCCUCCGGAAGCACAAACCGGGGCGGCUCCUGCAGCAUCAGUGCUGGCGCCUCCGCCGCCGCCACCAGUCACGUUUGCAUCCAACAACAACAACGGCGGCUCUAGCAACGGCGCAUUCUCGAGCUCGAUCGGAGAUGUGUUCACCUACAAGCCGUCGACCGGCGGCAGCAUUGAAUCAGCCGGGGGCGUUGGGCCGACAACAACUGCACUUACCACAAACAAUGGUGUCAUUGUGGGCGCUGAUGGCCUGCCGGUGCUGCUUAGGGGCGUAACAUGGCCCGGCUUUGACACAGGCACCAUGCUGAACAACCUCAAGGGUGCCAGCAGCGUGAGCGCGGACUUCAGCACACAGGUUCAGCGCAUGAAAUCACUGGGAUUCAACGCUGUCAAGCUGCCCUUCAGCUUCAAGACCCUUUUGGGCACUGCCCCGACCCCCAAGUACCCCCUCAAGUGCAUCAGCACCACUGCUGCUCAGCUUCAGGCGUCUGUGCUGCCCAAUGGCACGCUGCUGCCCGUGACUGCCAAGGUGCCGGACCUUCUGGCGCAGUCUUCAAACGGAGAGGGCGAGUGCAACACUGACAUUCCUACCGGCACUCCCCUGCAGGAGUAUCAGGCCAUUGUUGGCUUCCUUGCUGGCAAUGGUUUCUAUGUGGUGCUGGAGAACAGUUUUGAGGUCGACAGAACGGCGAUAGACAACCCGGAGACGUGGGUGCAGAGCUGGACGCGCUUAGUCAGCACGGUGACUAAGAAUGCCGUCGCAGCCCCCCGCAUCGUCAUAUCUCCCCUCGGCAAUCCGGACACCCACGGCCUCAAGUGGCAGGCGGCGGGGGGUGCCCCAGGGCUGGCAAACAUCUACAUGGCAGCCUUGGACGCUCUCAACCCCAUCAACCCCAAAGCCCUCUUCUUCCUGCAAGGCAAGCUUCCUGCACUCAAUACCCUGCGAGCGGGGCAGACUGCGCUGACAAGGAGCCCGGGCGACGGCUUUGCCACGGACGCCAACCUGAUCAGGAAGUACAACCUGUCCGACCCCAACGCAUUCUUCAAGACACUUCUAAUCCGCCCCUACGUCAACCAGGUGGUGAUCACACCGGCCUACACAGCGCCGUCAGUCUACAACGGAUCUCUGGCCGCCAGCACCGGUGCUGCUCUGUGGCAGCGUCUGACCUCAUCCUUCGGCUACCUCAACAAGGAGGGCUACUGUGUGAACUCCAAGAGCUGCCGGAGCUUUGCAGUGGUGCUGGCCAGUUUUGGGUCGGGGCUGGCAUCAGCGACGGAUGAGUCAGCGCUUGAUGACUUGGCGGCCUACAUGCAGCCGCUUUGUGGCCUGCCCGCCUGCCUGGCGGCUGACGGCGCGCAUGGACCCAUCUCCUCCUGGUUCUGGAAUGGCUGGACGCCUGAUCUGGCAGGGAGCCUAACCAGCACGGAUGGUCUCAAAGUGCUGAAGGGGCCACUGGAUUACUUGAUAGGCCUGGGGCUGAAUCCCUGGUACCUGCCACCCAGCGCCCAGAAGGUAAAGCCAAAACAGGCGACCGGGCUGCCGCCGACAGUCGCGGUCAACAAGAACUUCUGCUCCUCUCAGGUCACUGUGACAUCAUCCGGCGUAGACAACACAACAGGGCUGUACCUGGGAAGUGUCAUGGUGACAGCCACAAACGUGGGCCCGGUGGCGGUGCCGACGCCGUGGGUACUAACCAUCGCAAACGUUUACUACGCGGGGGUUAGUCAGGCGUUCGGCCUGACUCAGCCGCAGUAUGUGCUGGGCGGCACGCUGACUGGGACUGCCAGUGACUACUGGGAUGUCCUGUGGCCUGGAGCCACCAAUGCAGUCUCUGUCGGCUUUAUUGUUCUGAGCAGAUCCCCGGACGCUCUGCAGCCAGACAAGGUGCUGCUGAAUGGCAACCCAUGCUUGGUGAACGCCCCAGCAGCUGCACCCAGUGGCGGGCUCCAGACCCUGGGAACCCUGCGGAGCUCAGGGGUGCGAGCUGUUGCGCCUGCCAUGGCUGCCGCGCCUGCCGUCAACUGA